AAAUAGAAGUCUCGAAUUAUUAUAUACAAAAAAAAAUUCAUUUUGAUUAUAUAAAAAUAAAUAAAUUGGAGAUUAAUGGAAAGCACAGGCUUAAACCCCUAAUCCCAGGGUCUAAGCAGCAAAAGCAGAACACAACACUAGUUCCCAACGUUGGCAGAUAUGGGCGUAAGAUUGAAGAAAGAGAAAGAACAGCUGAAUCUUCUCCUUGGUUCCCACCUCACUACUAUCCAUGAAACCCUCUCUUCAUCUGAAUCUCUUUCUUACCCUCCCAAAGUCACCUGGGACGAUGUGAUUAAGAUGUCUGACCAAGUCUCUAAACAAGCAACCACAUUGGGAAUGCAUUGGACCGGAGAGAAGCUGAGGAAAAUAUGGCAUCAUAUUUCAACACUCUACAAGCCUUCCUUUUGCUUUCCCAUAGCAGUACAGUAGGUGCCGGCCCUACCUUGUCUUCCUCUGUUCAUUCAUCUCUCAAGCAAGUCGUUGAUGAAGGAAACGGUCUCUUCAUACGGGUCCCAUUCUAAAGACCUGAAAAUAUCAGUACCACAUUUGGUUGGUGCUGUCUGGGAAGCCUGUUCUGCCCUUAAAAAGACUCCUUCCACAAAUAUUACAGCAAUUGGGCGAGGAAUGACACAAGUAGCUGUUUCAGUGAAGGAUGUUCUUCGUGAGAUGAAAGAAUUGAAACCUGUUUCAUGUGAUGAUCAAGUUGAUGAAGCUGCUGGUGAGGGUUGUGCAGAAGCAGCAUCUGAGCCACAUGAUGAUAAUUCAAGUGAAGGUGAUCUAGGGAAUGACCUGUCACCAGAAGAGAUGAAAGUGGCUGAAAGAGCAAUUGAGGUUGUCUCUAAUACGCUUUCAAUUAGAAAAGUACUUAUUCACUCCAUCAUAGGCUUGCUUAAGCUGGAAAAACCAAAUGACAACAGCGGUUUUAUAAAUUCGCUGGAGAAGUUGUUGCAGUUGUGUCAGGAACUUGGUCGACAGAUUGAUGAGAUUGGAGCUUGUCUUUAUCCCCCACAAGAGAUUCCUUCCAUAAAUGCAGCUUUGGAGGAAAUUCACAGCAUUAUUGAUGCUGUGCAAGUUGAGGUAGGAGAACUUCUAGGCGCAUCAGAUGUAUUUCUGGAGCCAUGCAAUGAUUUGAGGAGUUCACUGAGACAGCUUGCAUCUGAACUAAGAAACUCUAGUACUGCUGAUAUAGAAGCCAGAGUGGAAAAUAUAACAUUAACCUAAUAAAUAGACUCUGAUAUGUGUACUUUAUUAUUUUUUUUUGGGGGGUGGGUUUGGUGGAAUAUAUGUGCAAUGAAUUUGACGUUGUAGAACUUAAUAAUGAAAAUUUUAUAUGCACCGGUGUCCUUUAU